UGUGUGUGAUGCAGCUCUUUUCCUUCUCGUACAAAAUUUCCUCUUCCUUCCCGUUCGUGGUUGAAUGUCGCCUCUUUAAUAACAACAAGAAACCGCUACAACUUGUACACUCAGAAUAAAAAACACACUCUGACACACACACACAAACACACACACACCGCGGAAUGGAGACCGGACAGCGCCGCAAACGGAAGCUCUGGCGGUGGUGAGUGAAGAUCAGUCCAUAUUUGAGCCGACGUUUGGAAGCAUGAAGUCCGAGAUCACGUCCCCGACAGCGCAGGCCGGAUUCAGACAGGCAUCAGAGGAAAGCACAGAGUCCGAGUGGACGAACACGUCAGCGAGCAAUCCUGUGAAGAAAAACGAACACGUCAAUGGCGCUAGUCGUGAGUCUCCGGUGGAGGUGAGCGUUGCUAAAAGAAGUCGUCAUGUUAGCAGUAGUGACGGAGGACAACAGGCGUAUCAGGCAUCAUACCCGGAGCCGAGGGCGAGUCCACAGAGCACCACAGAGGAGAAAAGAGUCAUCGUCCCUGCAGACCCGGAGGUCUGGACUCAGGAUCAUGUGCGUCAGUGGGUGGAGUGGGCCAUUAAAGAGUACAGCCUGGUGGAUGUGGACGUGUCCCUCUUCAUCCCACUGGAUGGCAAGACACUCUGCAAAAUGUCAAAAGAGGAUAUGAUGCGUCUCACGUCAUCCUACAAUACUGAUGUCCUGCUGUCACACCUCAACUACCUCCGCCAGAGUAGUCCGACCUUCUCGUACCCAACGACUCCUACCAACACACAGCCCCCGCCGAGACUACAGGUCAAAGCCGAAAACAGUUAUGAGGAGAUCAGCAGGAGAAAUAGCUGGCCAUCAGGCGCCAUGACGGUUCCUAAAGGUUCUCCAGUGGAGCAGCAGCACAACAGCAGGAUCACAGAACCUUCAUCCAGACUCAGUCAAGAUCCGUACCAAGCGCUGGGGCCGAUCAGCAGCCGCCUCGCUAAUCCAGGUUCAGGUCAGAUCCAGCUGUGGCAGUUUUUACUCGAGCUCCUGUCAGACAGCAGCAACGCUAGCAUCAUCACCUGGGAGGGAACAAACGGCGAGUUUAAGAUGAUUGACCCGGACGAAGUGGCCAAGCGCUGGGGUGAGCGCAAGAGCAAACCCAACAUGAACUAUGACAAGCUGAGCCGCGCCCUGCGCUACUACUACGACAAGAACAUCAUGACCAAAGUGCACGGCAAGCGCUACGCCUACAAGUUUGACUUCCAGGGCAUCUCUCAGGCGCACCAGAACCACCCGACUGAGGGCAGCAUCCUCAAAUAUCAGCCCGAUGUGCCCUAUGCCCAGGCCUACCACAGCCAUCAGCCCAAAGUGAACUUCAUGAGCACGCACUCCGGCCCCAUGCCGGUGUCCUCGGGUGGCUUUUUCCCUUCCACCUCCAACUACUGGAACUCAGCAACCAGCGUUGUUUAUCCCAGUUCACCGAUGCCUCGACACCCGGCCACACACUCACAUUUAAACUCUUAUUAUUAAAAUCACGGCGAGAGUAAAGUCAGCGUCAGUGCCAGGAGGUUUUUACUAACAGAUCCACUGUUAGUUUGUGGAGAUUUAGGUCAUAAAAAAGACUGUUUUUAAUCAUCCAGCACCAAGAAAACCAACAUCCGGUCGUUUGGACAAAACAGUACUGCAUUUCAAGUUUUAUUAUUAAAAAAUGUAGAAUAAAUAACAAAAUGUCCCUAUUUAGCUUUUUUUUAAACUACUAACUGGUCCAUAGGGUUUUAUUUUACAAUGUAUUUGGUAAAAGAGGAACCAAAGAUAAGACUUGGAAGAUAAGAGGGUCAAAAACCCAUGGAAGAAACAAACAAACAAACAACAAACAGGAUGAAAAAAUACUUUUUUAAAAUAUUUUUUUGGCAUUUAAAACCUCAACUGAAAUCAGAAAUCCAACCUGGGGUUUGGUGAAAGUGAGAGGAUUAUUUUUGCAAUAAAUGUAAAUUAUUAUUUUUGCGAUAAAUUUAUGUAUACAUUUGUCAACAACUACUGGUUACUUGAUGGUGAAAGUCUUAUGUCCAGAGACACAUUCACAUCCGAACUUGGUUUAUUAUUAUUAUUAUUAUUAUUAUUAUUAUUAUUAUUAUUAUAUGACAUCUGUCAUGUGCAAAAUUUACCACAAACAGCUUCACUGAGGAUAAUUACAUCUCAGAUCAAUGCUUUCAUUUUGCUAAAAGGGAAGAAAAAGGAUUCAGAGGGAAAAAUCAAAAAUACAAACAGCAAAGACGGGAAUUUCUGGCAGAACACUUUUACUGAAUAAAAACAGUUAAUAUUCGAGUUCAUUUGUUUUACCUUUACUCAUUCAAAGGAUGAUUUUUAUUUUUACAUAUGAUGCAGAAUCCUGAAUGUGGAUUGCUGGGAUUCAAACUCACAACCUUCUAGUCACAGGAAAAGAACCAGAAACCUAAAGGGCUUCAAAACAAAGUAAAAGGACCUUCUUUAUGAUAUCAACAAAACAUUUACUAAAGAUAUAUUACUUGUAGCAAUGACACAUGCAUGAACACACACACACACACACACACACACACAGAGUGUAUAUAAUAUUUUACAUACGGUGUAUAAAAGGGCAACAUUUUUCCUCCUCAGUCUCCAAACUCACAUCUGAAAUGUUUUUUCUUUGUGUUGUUUUCAUGCUUUUGUACAGAUCUCUACCAUGUGAACCAAUAUCACACGUUUAUAUGUAACAAAUUUUAAACCAAUAAAAACGAGCAUGUAUCUAA